CAUAGCAAAGGCCUUGGAUCUUCAGAGGCAUUUCAAGACCCCAGCUAGGAGGUUAUCUGCUGGAGAAGCCAGAAAGCUGUGUUUUGCUCUGGGUGUCUUGGGAGAUCCAACAGUGAUGCUUUGGGACGAGCCAUCAGUGGGCAUGGACCUGCGAGGGCAGCGUCAGAUGUGGAAAGUGAUCCAGGCUGCCAUGAAAGGCAGGGAGCGAGCAGCCGUCCUCAGCACGCAGUACCUGGAGGAGGCAGCGGCCGUGUGUGACCGAGUGGCCAUCCUGGUGUCAGGGCAGCUACGAUACAUUGGUUCCCUUGAGGAUCUGAAGAGUAAGUUUGGCACAAGUUACCACCUAGAAGUCAAAAUGACAGACUUAGGGCAAAGUGAUGCUCUCCACGCCGAAAUUCUGCGCCUCUUCCCCCACGCAGCUCGACAGGAAAGGACUUCUUCUUUGCUUAUCUACAAGCUACCAGUGGAAGAUGCACUACCUCUCUCCCGGUCUUUCUCCAAGUUAGAAGCAGCUAAACAGAAUUUCAGGCUUGAGGAGUACAGCUUGUCAUUGCACACUUUGCAGCAGGUGUUCAUAGACCUCACCCGGGACCCAGAGGAAUAUGACCUGGAUGCGGCACCCAGCGGGGCUAUGGAGAGGAGACCACUUCACCCCUGA